UGUUACAUCAUAGAGCUCGCUUUCGAUGAACUAAGAAUGUAUUCUAAUUUGUCCUCUGGGUUUGUUCCAAACUAUUAUUUGCUCUACUUAAACGAACCUUCCAUCUGAGACUGCUUGUGGUCAGCGGUGGACCACUUAUGUAAUAACAAGCAACUCGUACUUUACGAUCAAAGACCAACCUUUAAACUGAACUGACUCAACUUUCAGCCUCUAUGGCUGAUCACGGAUCACGAUGUCUUCAGGGAGCAAGCGUUAUAAUUUUCUACUUCAUCUUGUUGUCUGGAACUCUCUUCUUCUGUGGCCCAUUAUUCUUUUACGGACUUUAUCGAUGCUUCCACUUUAGUUGGCCGCUCGGUUUUGCCUACAUAGCCUGGUGGUAUUUAGUUGAUUUGGAGACUCCUAACCGUGGAGGAAGAAGAGCAGAGUUUGUGAGAAAUAACGUUUUCUUUAGGUACAUGCGAGAUUAUUUCCCAGUCACGUUACUUAAGACCACAGAUUUAGACUCUUCCAAAAACUACUUAUUUGGUUACCAUCCUCACGGCAUGUUCCCUGAUGGCCUGGCCUUGAGCUUCGGAUCAGAAGCCUUGCAGUUCAGUAAAAUUUUUCCAGGGAUUGUUCCUUACAUUGGGGCACACUCUUUUAUGAGUAGAUCCCCAAUUUUUCGUGAAAUUGCCAUGGCUCUUGGCGUCAUAAAUGUCCAUCGUGACAGCUGCAAGUUUGUAUUGACUCAGCAAGGACCUGGACAUUCUGUUGUCAUAGCAAUUGGUGGAACAUGUGAUAUACUUAACAUGAACCGUGACUCUUAUGUCAUAACUCUUGAGAGGCGUAAGGGUUUUGUUCAGCUGGCCUUGGAGACUGGGGCUCAUUUAGUUCCAGUUUUUGCUUUUGGACAGAACAAUGUGAUUAGUCGUCAGCUUAAGCUGAACGGCCUCCUGACUGCUUAUCACAUUGGUCGCAGCAAAUGGGAGAAGUGGAUAAAAGUUUUCUUGAAGAGCUGUUCGGUACUGCCAUAUGCACAAUAUUGUGUAAUGCCUUAUUCCACACCCAUAACUGUUGUUGUUGGAUCACCCAUCUCUGUGGAAAGAGUGGAAAAUCCAAGCAAGGAACAAAUAAAUAAACUGCAUUCUGAGUAUGCACAGAAGUUGAGGGAGUUAUUCUAUGAACAUAGGGAUGUCUGUGGAGUGCCACAGGGUACUGAGCUUGUGAUUCAGUAGCACCAGAGCUUCAGCCCACAGUCUCACUAGUGUGCCUUUGUAAAGAAACUGUAAUCCAAAUUUUAUUCUUGUGAACCUUACAUGGUGAGGCAAGAUGCAGCACAAUACUCAAAGAAAGCAUUUUGAUACUGAAGAGAUGGUAAAUUAUUUUAGUGCUUCAUUCAGGGAUUUUUGAACACUUAUUCUAGAUCUGAAGACCAGUCCUGAACAACCUAACUGAUUCCAUUUCUCAACAGUUAUGUA